AAGCAGUAACGGCCUGUGCUCUCUACCAAAGUGUUACACGUUCACAAUAACUUGAUAUAAUACUAUUGAAGAAUGGACGUCAACACAGGAUAACGCUCUCUUAAAAGUAAAGAAUGAGGUUGUGUUACGUCCAGUUAAAGACAACGGUCAUUGUUGGCAUAGUGUGGCUGUUUCUUCUUGAUACUGCAGCCAUGAAACAGACACGUAACAAGCAACGGACAGAUACAGACGCAGGACGGCGGACAGCAGACAAACGCCGUGGAGCGAUGAAAGCGAAAAUGCGAACGCAAAACCUACCGCCUUUCGGCGAGGAAUUAAACCCUGUCAAAGGCCACGGUUCUAAGAAGCAGCUUGGAGCAAAAGUCAAUGACAUUAUUCGUCCAACCAGAGGAAGGAAGAACUCAUUUGUGAUUACCAAAAGACAGCACUUAAAGAAAGAAUGGUGUAAAACACAGCAUUUUACACAGGUGGUUCGGGAGCCGGGAUGUCUUAGUCGGACUAUAGUCAACAAUUUUUGUUACGGGCAGUGUAACUCAUUCUUCAUUCCUAAGUCAGACCGUCGUAAACUGAAGGAGGCAGCCUUUGUGUCGUGUGGAUUCUGUAAGCCAAGGGCUUUCUCUACUAUCCGGGUUACUCUCAUGUGCCCUGGAAAAAACUAUAGACUCAAGCGAAAACGCAUUCUCAAGAUAAAAAAGUGUCGUUGUAUGGCACAGAAGGUGGAUAUGCAUUUGUGACAGUGUGGUCAUACACGUGCGCGCGUGUGAUAGAUAUGUUGACUGGUUUUGUAGGUGCGUAAUACCUAUUUCAGGAGAAUACUAUGGUGCUUGCGGAACUUUCAGACAAAACGUUGUAACGUCUGUUCCGGUGGAUGUGGUAAUAGUAACGGGUACGGAAACAUUUGUUUCCCAAAUAUACUGAUCAAAAUACUUUUCUCAAGUGCAAUAUUGUUCGUGUUACGUGUAGAUUUCUGACUCAAGUGUCCUUAAAGCGUUAGUGCUUCCUUUCUUAAAUGUGUACAAUGUACAUUGGUACCGAGGUGUGAUUUGUUGUCGACCAAGACACCGGAAAAAUACCUAGGUUAAGUCGGAUGUUGACCAAGAUACCAAACGAGGUUCCGAGGGUUGGUAGGGUGUUGGCAGAGACACCGGACGAGGUUCCGAGGUUUGGUCGGGUGUUGGUCGAGACACCGGACGAGGUUCCGAGGGUUGGUCGGGUGUUUGCAGAGACACCGGAUGAGGUUCCGAGGUUUUGGUCGGGUGUUGGUCUAGACACCGGAUGAGGUUCCGAGGUUUUGGUCGGGUGUUGGUCGAGACACCGGACGAGGUUUCGAGAGUUGGUCGGGUGUUGGCAGAGACACCGGACGAGGUUCCGAGGGUUGGUCGGGUGUUGGCAGAGACACCGGACGAGGUUCCGAGGGUUGGUCGGGUGUUUGCAGAGACACCGGACGAGGUUCCGAGGUUUUGGUCGGGUGUUGGUCGAUACACCGGACGAGGUUCCAAGGUUUUGGUCGGGUGUUGGUCGAGACACCGGACGAGGUUUCGAGAGUUGGUCGGGUGUUGGCAGAGACACCGGACGAGGUUCCGAGGGUUGGUCGGGUGUUGGCAGAGACACCGGACGAGGUUCCGAGGGUUGGUCGGGUGUUUGCAGAGACACCGGACGAGGUUCCGAGGUUUUGGUCGGGUGUUGGUCGAGACACCGGACGAGGUUCCAAGGUUUUGGUCGGGUGUUGGUCGAGACACCGGACGGAUAUAUAGGGCAAGGCUAUGAGCUAUAGACAAGUGGGAACUAAAUUACUGUUUAAUUUCCAUUAUGGCGACAACACAAACGCUAUAUUCUGUUGACACUCAAAUUAUUUUAAAUGUCAGAGAACUGUUUUGCCUAUUAAAGUUAUUUAUUUUGUACAUGUAUGUCAAAUAAAACCAA